AUGGGUAACACUACACCGAAUGCCUCCUGUCAGGUUUUCCUCAAGUACUACCACGUCGAACAGUUAAAUUUGCUGCUGCGAGAAGUCCUAGGCAGAGUGGUGGUGCUGCAGGCCUAUACCAAGGGGUGGCUUGGAGCCAGGAGAUACAAGAGAGUCAGAGAGAAGAGAGAGAAGGGGGCCAUUGCCAUCCAGUCAGCCUGGAGAGGAUAUGAUGCUCGGAAGAAAUUUAAGAAAAUAAGCAACAGAAGGAGUGAGUCUGCUGUUCAUAGUCAAGCAGUUCCUAGAGACUCUGUCGAUCAUCAAAGCAGUCCGCAAGUGGAAUCCAGCAAUGGCAAGGCAGACACUUCAAACAACUCUUCGAAGGAAAAUCGGCAUUUACAAGCCCAGAGUUCUCCGAACGUGUGUGAUGUCUUCAGGCAACAGGCAAAGAAGCACUCGGUCUCUGGGACGGAUCCAGUGUCACCUCAGACAUGCCACAGUGCUCCAGAUCACCAAGGCCAGAGUCCCUGGGGAGACCCUGGAAAGCCCGGUUCAGAAAACGGUCCUUCACAGAAGCAGCGAACACCUCGCCGACGAUGUCAACAGCCCAAAAUGUUGAGUAGCCCCGAGGACACCAUGUACUAUAACCAGUUAAAUGGAACUCUGGACUAUCAAGGGAGCAGGAGGAAGCCAAGAAAACUUGGACAAAUCAAAUUGCUUGAUGGGGAAGAUGAGUAUUACAAAUUUCUGUCACCUGUGGACUCGAUCCCUCAAGAAGACAGCUCAGCUCGGCGUUUCUUUUUCUCCUCAUCCUCAAAAGGAAAAUCUUUUGCUCAGCACUGAGCUAAGCUUCCUGUGCCCCUAAAUCCAUCCAGGGGAACAUGGCAUCCCCCAGGGGCCACACCGAAAGGACUUGACAUGGAAGCCCGACUGAACAAACUGGGCCUUGGACUUAGACUGAAACUCCCUGAUGGAAAAGGCAGCAAUGGAUGGCCCUCCCAAGACUGUGGAAAUGGCGGUUGAUGGAUCUUGGGUGGGACCCCUGGCCUAGUGGGUGUCCAAUGAAAGGGCACCCAGAAUUGCCACAUAGUUAGUAUUGCAAUGCUCCCUUGUGUUAAUAUGACAGGUUUUAAUCUUAUAAGCAAGGACCUGCCCUCGUAAGAAAUGUUAGGGUAAAUUUCACCCUAGCACCAACCCUGAUGCUCAAUGCACACAGAGCUCAAUCAGUUGAGAAAUCAAUUGGACAAAGCAGCAAUUCAUGGAUUACAGCUUGCACUGUUGGAUUAUACUCACAUAAAUUUCUCAUAUCAACAGUGCCUUAAGUUCUAUGCCACUGGACAAAUUAUUAAUGUUAUCAGUGCAGUCGCCUUUUACCCCAAGGGGGUGGUUGACAAUGUUUUUCUUAUUUGUUUUGUUUUGGGGUGUUUUUUUCCCUUUGUUUUCAUUUUUGUUUGUUUU